AUGUGGAAUGGCAAAAGUUCUGGCGUGUUUAAUAGCACCAAGUCGUUCGCAAGGCGGUAAGUUGGAUAUAUGUUAAUAUAAUUUUUUAGUGCUAAUGGUACUAUGAUUUUUUGGUACUAUUGGUACUCUAAUGCUCAAAAAUGAUAUAUAUAUUGUUUGAUAAUGUAAAAUACGGCAUUUCUUUGUGAUAUAUAAAAUUUUUUGAUGUCUUCAAUUUUAGCCGCCAAUCCAACCUCUCCACCUACCAGUACCAUCUGUAUGGCGCUAAGCCAAAGAAAAAGUGCCAAAAGUAUACGGAAGCUCAAAAGUAUUUAAUGCUGGAGAGGAUCGGCGGACGAAACCAACAAUUUAUGGCAAAUUCGGCCGAUGAAGCCUCGAGAAACUUCCCAAAACUAAUUUCAUUCCAAGAAGACCCGAUUAGUACUAGACUGUAUGAUGGGUACAGUGCUGAUGAAUUGUAAGUAUGGUAGUUGUGGUAGUAAAAGGGUAAUGGUAUAAUACGAAAAAAAGGAUAAAUGGCAAGAACUUUCUUUACAGAACAAACAAUGGCAAGGACUUUCUUUCCAAAACAUAAAAUGGCAAGGACUUUCUUUACAGAGCAAAAAAACAAAUAAAAAUUUUUCUUUCUCAUUUUUAUUCGCCCGAUCAAAAAAGACCAAGCGUUCUAAAAUUUUAAAUUUCCAGCCACAUUUGCAUGAGCUGAGUCAAGUACCAACCUUGAUUGGACUUCAGAAAGUCAAGGAUAACAAAUCUCUCUUUAUUUUAUAUAAAAUCAAAAGUUGUCUUUUGAUUGGGUUUCCCCGAAAACCGAGAAAGCUCUCUUGGAAAAGAAGAGAGCACACUCUUUUCUCGCUUUCUCUGACCACUCUCUCUUUUUGCACUGGUUUCUCACUCGUUUUGAGGGUUUUUUGGUUUAUUUAGGUAAUAAAUGAAAAUUUAGGUAAUAAUAUAAUUAAAAAAGUUAAAUAUAGUGUAAAAUACGUUGAAUCUAUUUUGUUUUUAAAUUUUUAUUUUUUGAACAUUUUUUAAAAUAAAAAAAACCACUUUUAGUGACAUGUCCAACCCAUUGGUGGAUGACUUUGUGUGUGACAAUACUUGUCAGGAGAUUCGUCGAAAGCUGGGCUAUCUAGUAACCCACACUUUUAAGAGUGGCAAAAAGUUUAUGGGACCAUUUGGAGAUGAUCAUACUGCUGAGGCUGAAAAUGGUACUACUGGCCCUACUGGUACUAAUGGUACCGAUGGUACUACUAGUGCUGACGAAACUAAUGGUACUGGUAGUGGAAGUGUUAAAAAUGAACAAUUUAAGAUUUCUCCUGAUGACAAUGGCACCAAAAGUAAAGGUUGUAGCCUAGGUAAGUAGGGGUUACGGUAGUUUUUGGUAUUUUAUAGUAAUUUUAAUGGUUUUUUAAAAAUUUAGUAAAAAUGUAAGCAAAUUUAUUGUAGUAGCAACUAAUAUCAGUACAUUGGUUGUCUUGUAAGUCGAAGCUUGUAUCACAGUUGAAGCAAGCUUUACAGUGUAACUUAAUAUUUAGGUGUUAUUGGGUAAGGCUCCGUGGUGUUGUUGACAUAAGGAGUCGGUAAACAGGCCUAAAAGAAGAUAAUACAAUAUGUUUAACGAUAGGACAUGAUAUAACAGGAUAGGGUAGGACAAGAUAGAGUAGGGCAAGGUAUGGCAUAGGGCAGGGUAAUGUAGGGCAGGCUGAAGUAAGUUACAUGAUGGUACGGUAGGGUAGGGUGAGUUACGGACGUUUACGGUUAGUUAUGGUAGAGUUGAGAACGUUACGAUAGGGUACGUUACGGUAGGGUAGGGUAGGAUACUAAAGAGUUACCUUACCCUAUCCCACCCUAAAGAGUAGGGUGGGAUAGGGUAAGGUAAGGCCAUAUAGGGUCAUACUUACCUCACCAAUGUCCAUAUUGAUGACAAACAUGACAAAAGCAACUGCUAGCGCUAUCAUUUCUCUAAUCAUUUUUAGUACUCAGUGAACAAGGUGUACUUGAAUAACAAAAGUUUAAAAAGUUAAAUUUGAAAACAGAGCUUUUUAAUGACAUUUAUACUUUUCCAUUAGCUUUUAUGACUAGCCAAUACAAUAGAAGCCAUGAGUACAAUAAGUUGAACAGGUAUUUGAUUAAUCAAUCGAAUUCAAUAAAUAUUAAUCAUACAGUUGUGGGACAAAAGCGUUUUUAUGAAUUUUAAAAUUAUUUCAAAAGAGGGUAAAGUACAAAAUGUAGGACUAGACUAAAAGUUAUAAUCAAUCUACACGAGAGUUUUCGCUAGCUUAGAACUAAAAAGGGUAAAGGUAAGACUAAGUAUGGUUAUUGCAGAGCUAGGGCUAAGAUAAGGAUAAAGCUAGACUAGAAUACAGAGAGCGCCAAUAACGAGCUAGGAGUGGCCUAGAAUGAGCGUAAGGCUAAGUCAGGGCUAUCAUAAGAAUAGAAGUAUGAUUGGACUUUGAUAAGAAUAGGGCUUGGGUUAGACUAAAGUUAAGGUAAAGCAAUGGCUGAGCUAAAACUAGGCUAAGGUAAGAAUAGAUCUAGAACUCGGCUAAAAAAGGGUAAGACUAGGCUUUUGCUAAAAUAAGGAUAAGAUUAGUAUUAGGCUAACCAUAGGCCUAGAACUGGACUAGAAUGAGAAUAAAGUUAGGGCGGAGUUAGGUAUAUAAGAUGACAAAAGGCUAGGAUUUUCAACGUUAUGUCUGACAAACAGGCUGGCUAUACCUGCCUAUGAAAAGGGCUAACUAAUGGGUUUGAUAUGGGACCACCCAAAAGACUAGAACUUUGAGGAUGGCCUAACAUAAUAUUAUUACUUUGAAUAGGAGGCAGUAAAAGUGGAUUACUAUUUAAAAACGUCCAAAAAGGUGACAUAAUUGGAGGUGGAAAAUUCUGGGUUGGAGCUACUGGCUUGUAUUUAGUAUUGUUAAGCCUGGUCCACCAUGAAUUACUUAAAAUUUGGUUUGGUAUUUUUGGUGGUACUGUAGAAUGUGCUACAGUAAGAUUUUUUGUGACAUUGGAGUGUGGUUUAUCAUCAUCGCUAGUGGCUAAAUCUACAGAAAUUUGGUUGUGGGACAGCUUUAGUUCUUCACUUGACUCUAAAGCUUGUAGUCCUUCAAAACUGUCAUCAGAAAUGUUUAGGACGUUAGCGUCAUGAUGAUGGGUUACGUCUUCUUCUUCUUUCUUUCCGCCAAAACACGCCUGAAUUAAAAAUGUCAUAAGCUUUACAAAACGUACGGUAGUUAAGGGUAGGUCAGGUUAGAGUGGGAGAAGAUGAGAAGGUAAGGUAGAGUAAGAUAGGUAAAGUUGAAUGCAGUGUUUUGCCCGGACCGGUCCGGAGCGUUUUUCACCGGUCCGGUCCGGCGAUUUUCGGGUCCGGUCCGGUCCAAACCUCAAAUUUUUGGGUCCGGUCCGGUCCAAACCCAAAAUUUCUGGGUCCGGUCCGCAAAAAAUUUUUUUUUUAUUUUUAAAAAAAGCAAAGAGCGCUAACACUGCUUUCUUUUUGCUUAAAAACUCUUAAAAAUACAUUUUAUUUGCAAUUUUUAAAUCAUUUCUAUUAAAAUAAAAAAAAUUUUCCUUGCGGACCGGUCCGGAGCUUUUUCUUCGGUCCGGGUCCGCAGGUUUUUGGGUCCGGUCCGGUCCGGACCCGUCCGCGGACCGGACCGGUCCGGCAAAACACUGGUUGAAUGGGGUAGGCUAGAGUAUGAAAAUAUUAUAAGUGAUCGCCAGGGUAGUAGAAGGUAAGGUGGGUAGGGUAGGGUGGGGUGGGGUGGGGUAGGGUAGGGUAGGGUAGGGUAGGGUAAGGUAGGGUAGGGUAGGGUAGGGUAGGGUAGGGUAGGGUAGGGUAGGGUAGGGUAGGGUAGGGUAGGGUAGGGUAGGGUAGGGUAGGGUAGGGUAGGGUAGGGUAGGGUGGAUUUACUUACAUGGACGUUUAGAAAACAUAGUAGUAAUACGACAAACAUUGCUUUGGGCUCACAAAAUUAGCUUUAUGAUAUAUGUUACGAAUAAUUUUUUAUAAGCGUCUUUUAGGUAAAAAGAACUUUUUUUAUAGCAGCUUUAUAUUAGUUAUAAUAAUAGUUUUAUUGUAGGUAUGAAUAAGUAAGCUAUGAGUAAAAACGUUUGAGUUGAGUUUGUCUUCACGACUAGGGCUAGGGCUCAUAUACCUCUCUUUCUAUACAUUUUUAUAACUUCACAUUUUAGGUAACGUAUUUUACACUUUCAGACCGAUUUAUAACAAUUGGCAAUUGUACCUCACGAGGAGAUGAAGAAGUAAUGGAUCAUGAGAAGCUGUGCACCGCUUGUCAAGGCAUUUUCGUAUUGAAUUCGGACUGUUUCCCAAGUUUUUUGAAUGCUGUUGAUUGUGGCAAAGGUGACAAUCGAUGUGUUUUUGAUCAUUUCACUGGCUAUGGUAAGUUUUUUGGCCUUAAGAAAUCAAAACUUAUGAUUUUUAAAAAACUUUUUUUUCGACCGGUCGAUAAUUUUGUUUGCUAAAAAUUUUAAUUUUUGUGUUAUAAAAUGUCAUUUAGAGCUAGGGCAAGGUUAUAAAACAACAAAAAAGCCAAAAUCUAAAUGGAAGAAUAAUCGACCGGUCGAUUAUUUUUUUGUAAAAAGGCUAUUUUUAGAUCUUAAAUUAUCAUUUACAGCAAAGAUAAGGUCAUAUAACUAAAAAAAACUUAAAAAAAAAGAAAAAUUAUCGACCGGUCGAUUAUUUUUUUUGGCCCAAAAAUAAAAAUUUCUGUUAAAAUUGCCGUUUUAGCUCAAGGCAAGUGCACCACGAAGACCUUAAGCUUCAAAGUGAUGCAUAAUCGAGGCACAAAAGACUGUGAAGACUGGGAGUUUGUCUAUAUUGACAUUCCUGUGGCUUGUGAAUGCUUUUUGAGUAAAACUUCAUUUUUGGACACAUUGCCAAAUGAAGAAACGUAG